AUGACCAGUCGCCUGGAAAAGAGAAAAGGAAAUAAUCCCGGGGGGCCUGAGGUCGGGAGUAAGGCUGAAAUCCUGUCUGUGCGGUGCUCUGAGUUCCUCGGACAGCGCUGGUCCAGAAAGAUCCAGGCUGAGACUCCGCCGCCCCGACCCCUCGCUGCAUCGCGGGCUGUCUGCGCCCAUGCUCCCCCACCCCCCGCCGUGCGCUCCCAGCUGGAGCGCCUGCAUCCCUGUGCAUCCCUCUCCGCAUCCCCGUCCCUACUGCCCACCCCUAACUGCUCCAGCCUCUCCUCCCCUGCGCAGGCCCAGAGCCCUAGCAUCCCUCUCCAGCCCCGUCUGGGGCCGCGGCCAGAAGUCCAGAGCCCACCGCGCCUGGCAGCGAUGGUCCGAAGCCGCCGGCACCCCACCCCCAAGCCCCGGAACCCCGAGCCCCCGCGCCCCUCCCCCAGCAGUCCUGCAGCGAACCUCCGAACCUCUCAACAUCAGCACCGGGCCCAGCACGGCCCCGCCCCGCUCCAGCUCCUAUUGGCUCUCAGAGGUGCCCUUCUCCCCAACUCAGGCAGUCUCCACGGCAACAAGGACCCGCCUUCUUCUGGGGGUUUGGAGGUCAGCAGUCCAGCUCUGAGCCUCCUGCAAGAAACAGCAGCUGGGGCCAAGGAGGAGAGAACUAACAGCAGGCAGGCAGCAAGCCUGUUGAACGGUCGCUCGCGGACACAGGUGGGAUUAUUUGCUCUCCUUCUCUUCCGAUGGGUGUGGCCACACCUGGUUGAGACUGAUGGGAAGCCUUUUAAGAAGACCUCCAUUCCUGGGGUGACCAUCAGGCAGCUGGUAGAUGAAAUUCCAGAAGGAUGUAGCACUCCCAAUUUUGAGCAGAAGCCCAUCACAAUGGCUCUGCCAGAAGGGAAAAAUGCCAUCUUCCGGGCUAUGGUCUCUGGGGAGCCCAGACCUGAGGUGCAAUGGCAUCGUACCAGUGGUGAUCUCAGUGACCCCAACAAGUACAAAAUCUUCUCCCAACCCAGAAGCAAAGAACAUGUGCUUCAGAUCAGCAAGUUGACAGGAGAUGACACAGACACCUACCGAUGCUUGGCUGUGAAUGAAUAUGGAGAAGCUAUGUGCUCAGCAAGGCUCACAGUUAUUGAAGUUGGCUUCCGGAAGAAUAGGAAGAGACACAAUGAGCAGCAGGAGGACCACAGGAAGGAGCUUGUGGACUUUCGGAAUAUCCUGAGGAAGCGGGCACCUCCCCCUCCACCAGAGAAGAAGAUGGACCUUGAGCAAGUAUGGCAAUUGCUGAUGAAUUCUGACCGGAAAGACUAUGAGCGGAUCUGCAUGAAAUAUGGGAUUGUCGACUUCAGGGGGAUGCUCAGGAAGCUUCAGGAGAUGAAAAAGGAGCAUAGAAACAAGAUGGCACAGUAUGUCAAUGCCAUCUCCAACCUGAGACAUAUCAAGGUCACCAAGGAUGGACUUGCAACGUUUGACCUGGAACUUGAUCUCAAGGAUUUUGAAAGCAAAAUUUACUUGUACAAGGAUGGUGAGAUGAUUCGCUAUGGCUAUGGAAAUGAGACCAAGUACUGCUUGAGGCGUCUGGGAAAGCGCUACAUUUUCCACAUUCAGGACCUGCGACCAGAGGAUGCUGGCAUCUACCAGGUCAAGGUGGCGGAUGUGGAGGUGUUUUCAACUGAACUGGAGGCAGAUGCCAUCCCUGCCAGGGUUGUGAAUCCUCUGGCUGAAACUCGAUGUGAGGUGCAGGAAGAUGCUGUAUUUGAAUGCACCCUCUCUAAUCCCUGCCCACAUGCCUUCUGGCAGUUUCAACACCGGCCCCUCCUGCCCAGUGACAAGUAUGAGGUGUCUGUAUCUCCUGAUGGCCUGACCCACCGGCUGGUGGUGAGAGGGGCCCAGCAUUCGGACAUGGGCCUUUACUCUCUUAGCACUGGCCUCCACUCUUCUCGAGCUUGGUUGCUGGUAGAAGGUGGGAAGGACAAAGGUUUCCUGCCUUCAAGAGAAGGAAAAAGAGAUGAUGAUGGCAACAAUGGAAGAAAUAAGCUUCAAGCCGAAGAAUCCCAGUUUUCAGAUAUAAAGGAUUCAGGGAAACUCAUAAAAGAAGGGAAACCAGGGGAUUGGAGUUACCUGGGAAUCGAGGAUGAUGGUCUCCUCUGUGGUCACAUCACAGGACCAUCAGGUCCCUUUUCCCAGGGACUAGCUGACAUGGAAGUCAAGAAAGGGGAAGAAGCUUUGCUCUCUUGUACCCCGACCAGUGACCUGGUGCCUGGUGCCUGGUUCAAGGAUGGAGUGAAGCUCACUGCCCAAGAUGGGGUCAUCUUUGAGCAAGAUGGCCCCAAUUACAAACUCCGAAUACCCCAAGUACAGGAGACCCAAGCUGGAAAAUACAUGUUUGUAGCUGGGGAUUACAUGAGUGAGGCCACUCUGACCAUCCGAGAACCCCCAACCAUUGCCCAGGAUAUGCUGGAGAAACUGAAGGAGCCAUUGGUGGUCAAGGCAGGGAAGACUGUUGCAGUGAAGAUCCCGUUUUCUGGAGAGUCCCCUGUUCAAGCUUCCUGGAGGAAGGAUGGGGCAGAAGUGGAGGGAGGCAGCAGGGGAGCCCAGCUGGACCAGGGGGAUAACUUCACUCGCCUGUGCCUCUCCAGCGCCACUCGCAAGGACAGUGGGCAAUACAGCGUACGACUGAGGAAUGCAGGGGGCUCAGUGGAGGCUCAACUCACCCUGGAGGUCAUAGACAAGCCCCAGCACCCACAGGGCCCUCUGAAGGUCCACUACUGUCAGGGGGCUGGGAUCAACCUGAGCUGGCAGCCUCCGAGGGACGAUGGGGGCCGAGCCCUGCUGACCUACAUGGUGGAAAGGCAGCAGGCUGGUAGGACUUCCUGGCUGAAGCUUGGCGAGACCCCUGGAAAUGUCACCACCUUCUCUGAUACCGGUGUGGAGGAAGGAAAGAAGUAUACCUUCCGAGUACGGGGGGUGACCUCAGAGGGUUCCGGAGAAGCACUAGUGUCAGAGGAGCUGCUGGUGGCUUCUGAAGCUCGUCCUAGACCCCCUCCAGCCCCAACCAUUACAUCUGCUACCAGCCAGGGUAUCACCCUGACAUGGACAGCACCCAAGGGCCCAGGAAGUGCUCAUCUCCUUGGCUACGUGAUUGAGAAGAGGAAGAAAGGAAGCAAUACCUGGACAGCUGUCAAUGACCAGCCUGUUUCUGAGAGGAAAUGGAUUGUAACGGACAUGCUGCCAGGCUGUCAAUACGAGUUCCGAGUGACUGCUGUGGGGGCCUCUGGCCCUGGGGAGCCUGGACCCCCAUCAGAUGCUGUUUUUGCUCGAGACCCCAUGAAACCCCCUGGCCCUGUUCGGGAUCUCCAGGUGACUGACACAUCCCAUACCAGCAUCACGUUGAGUUGGGCCAGGCCAGAUGCCCAGGGUGGGGAUGAAGUCCAGGGCUAUCUGGUGGAGCUGAGGAGCUCAGACAGUCUCCAGUGGAGCCGCUGCCACCCAGGCACUGUGGGUGGCACCACCUACACUGUCAAGGGACUCCGGCCACAGGAGGCCUAUUUCCUGAGGGUAACGGCUGUCAAUGAUGGGGGUCAGGGCCAACCCACCACGCUGGACACCUGCAUCCAGGCCAUGCCUGCAUCUAUUUUUCCCAAGUUCCUCAUGGAUACCACCACUACAGACUGCGUGACCGUCAGGUCUGGGGACAUGGUCCGAGUUCCCGUUUCCUUUGAGGCUUACCCCUUGCCAGAGGUGAUUUGGCUGAAAGACGGGCUGCCCCUGUCCAAGAGGACAGUCACCACCAUCAAGGAUGGCCUCACUCAACUUCUAAUUCCGGUGGCCAGCCUCUCAGAUGGUGGUCUCUACACUGUGAUGCUGAGGAACCUGCAGGGAAAAGAGGUGACCUACAGCUUUGUCAUUCGAGUGUCAGCAUCUCCUGCUACCCCGGGGCCCAUCCGGCUGGAGGAGAAUGUCCCUGGGACAGUGACAGCAGUGUGGGAGCCACCUCCAGAUGAUGGUCAGGGUGGCUUGCUCUAUUACACUGUGCUAACACGCUCCUCAGCCUGCGUUGCCUGGCAGGAAGCAGGGGACCGGAUCUACACCAAUCAUUUCACUCUUGCUGGCAUCCUCCCUGGCCAUCAGUAUUACUUCCGAGUUGUGGCUAAGAAUGAGCUGGGGACCAGUGAGCCCUCUGACACAACAGAGCCCUGGAGUGUCCCCCGGCAACAAGAUAAAUUCAUGGUGAAGAUGCCCAACUUCAAGGAGCCAAAUCUGAGCCAGAAGCCCUACUUCCUGGUCAAUCUACGGACCCACCUGCUGCCCCAAGGCUGUGAAUGCUGCAUGAGUUGUGCUGUGAAGGGAGAGCCUAGACCUAGAGUCACCUGGUUCAAGGAUGACGAGAGCCUAGAAGGCAAUCCCAAUGUAUACAGUACAGAUGUCCUGGGCGUCUGCUCCUUGGUCAUCCCCAGUGUCACCCCCAAGGACAGUGGCAAGUACAAGGCUGUGGCUGAGAACAAGCUGGGCCAGGCAGUCAGCACAGCUACCCUCAUUGUUACAGAAUCCUGCUUCUAGUGUGACUGGCACCAUGAUGGCCCUGCCCAUCCCUGCAAUGCAAAGAAUGGAUUCUCCCAAGGACCCAGUGCUCCCCAUCAUCCUGCCUCCUGCUGGCUCCCACAGGGCCCCUGGGAUCUGUGGGGUGGGGAGCCCAUAGAAGGUUGCAUUGUGAUACAUAGGCAGAGCAAUGGGGAGCUUCCUGGGGAAUUCUCAGCCUAGCAGGCCCCAUCAGGAGGGGGCCAUAGAAGCUGUAUAGAUGAACACUUGUGGCACCAGCCCCUUCACCAUGGUCCUAGAAGAGCCACUUGCCAUAUUGCCAUGGCAGCAGACUUGCCCUACCCUCUUGCUUCAUUCUUCAUCCUUUGA